GGAGCGAUUUGGUCGCUGGCGUACCGCGAAGGUAGUCAAGCACGUGGUGCGCGAUGCGCAAUGAUGGGAGUGCCAUAGCCACGCUCUUGGAUGGGCGACGGCGAGGUAGGAUGGUUGUGUCCCUCUUUUUCUUGGGUAUAAAUCGUUCCCUCGGCAUCACCAAUUAUCUUGCUACCUCUCUCUUUUCUCUCCUUUCUCGUCUGUCCGCGACGUCUCUCCUUGUCCCACAACUUCUUGUGUCUCCUCAGUGAGCCCCUACACCGCUCACAUGGACAAAGAAGACAAAAGCAUCCCCCGCGUCCGUUUCGGUGACCAGACAUUGCCAGAUGAAGAAGAUGGAUAUGUAACGCUUGAGCGUCGCCAUCAUCGAGGUCUCUCGCGUCAGUCGAGUGUUGGGAGUCUCUCGAUCCAUAGCACUGGAGGAGCUAGGACUGUUCAACCUGAGACUGCGCUGCCCAUCGCGUACAGGACUUUGUCCAUUGAGAUUGAUGAGGGACAGCAGAAGAAACAGGAUGAAGUGAAGAAGGCGAAGGAGAAGGCCGCUGUUGACUUGGCAGGUCUAGAAUGGCACACCAUCACCGUCCACGAACUCUGCCGCCGCCUCUCCAUAGACACCGACCAAGGCCUCUCCGCAGACCAGAUCCAACGCCGCAUUGGCGAAUACGGCAGGAACAAGAUAACACCUCCGCCCUCCGGGCUUUUCGGCAAGAUUACAGGCUACUUCCUUGGUGGAUUCGGUAGCAUACUUCUUGUGGCAGGUAUACUGGUUUUCAUUGCCUGGAAGCCGCUUGGAAAACCCCCAGCUGUCGCCAAUCUGGCGCUUGCUUGUGUUUUGAUUGCAGUUUGGAUCAUUCAGGCCGCAUUCAACGCGUGGCAGGACUGGUCUACGAGUAGGGUCAUGGCAUCAAUUGGAACCAUGCUGCCUGAUGAGUGCAUUGUCAUUCGCAACGGAUCCCAGGCUAGCAUUUCUGCUCUAGAUCUUGUGCCUGGCGAUAUCAUCGUCAUCAAGCAGGGUAACAAGCUUCCAGCUGAUGUCCGCUUUGUGGAGGUUUCAUCUGAUGCCAUGUUUGACCGCGCAAUUCUUACUGGUGAAUCGGAACCCGUAAUAGCCACCAUUGAAGCCACGGAAGACAACUAUCUCGAGACGAACAACAUCGGUCUACAAGGCACACACUGCAUUUCUGGGAGCUGCUUGGGCGUGUGCGUUGCGAUUGGCGACAGCACCAUCUUUGGACGCAUCGCGAAACUCACGUCUGAUCCAAAGACAGGAAUGAGUCCGCUGCAGAAGGAGAUUUUCCGCUUUGUGAUGAUCAUCUCGCUCUUCAUCACAUGCGUAGUCAUUCUCAUCGUCGUCUUGUGGGCGGCAUGGUUGAGGAAAGACCAUCCCACUUGGAUUGAUGUGCCUCUUUUAAUCGUUAGUUGUGUCUCUGCAGCUGUGGCCUUUAUUCCAGAAGGCUUGCCGAUCGCGCUGACCACGAGCCUGACCAUCGUUGCAAAUAUCAUGCGCAAGAACAAGAUUCUUUGCAAGUCACUCAAGACCGUCGAAACUCUUGGAUCCGUGUCUGUCAUCUGCUCUGACAAGACCGGCACAUUGACGAAAAACAAAAUGACCGUAACGGACAUCUACGCUGCUGGCGACGAGUAUUCACCAGAGGCGGCGCGAGAUCUAAUGGCUAUCCUCCGGUCUGAGAACAACAUUGCCGCUCUGUCCAAGAAGCGAGAGCACGUCAUCGACCAGAUUCGUAUACUGGGUGGUCUUUGCAACUCUGGUGAGUUCGAUGCAGCUACAAUGCACCUGCCCAUUUCAGACCGCAAAAUCAACGGUGAUGCAACCGAUCAAGCUGUGCUCCGACUCUCGGAAAGCCUUGGAUCAGUGGCUGAGCUACGUCAAGAUUGGAAGAAAGUAUUUGAGAUUGCUUUCAACAGUAAGAAUAAAUUUAUGGUUCGUCUCAUGACGCCGGCUAAUCAACCUGCAACGAGCAACAAUACCACUCUCAUGAUCAAAGGCGCUCCGGAUAUACUACUGCCGAGAUGCGAGCUUGCCCUUAACAGCAAAGGGGACGCCGUACCCCUAACCGACGCACAACGUCUUCGCAUUGACAAUAUCAAGGACUGCUGGUCUCGCCAAGGCAAGCGUGUCAUUCUUCUCGCGCGCAAACCGACCGUCAUUCCCUUCUCCUCUAACCACGAGAAGGAAGUACUCGUUGCCGCUCGUCACAGCCUCACAUUUGUCGGCAUUGUCGGCAUUGUCGAUCCGCCUCGCGACGAAAUCCCUGAAGUCGUGCGUAUCCUACGAGGAGCUUCGAUCCGUAUCUUCAUGGUGACCGGUGACUUCAAGCUCACAGCUCAGGCCAUCGCAGAGGAGUGCGGUAUCAUCUCGAACCCAGCACUGGUCGACGACAUCAGCGCGCUUGGUCGCGACGGCAAGAUCGGGACCACAAAACAAUCGAUCGUCCUGAGUGGCCCCGAGAUGAUAACGCUGAACGAGGCGCAGUGGGACCAACUCUGCCAAUACCAGGAGAUUGUGUUUGCUAGGACGACGCCUGAACAGAAGCUCCGUAUCGUCAAGGAGUUCCAGGCCCAUGAGAACAUUGUCGGUAUGACUGGUGAUGGCGUCAAUGACGCCCCGAGUCUUAAGGCUGCUGAUAUAGGCAUCGCCAUGGGAAGCGGUUCCGACAUUGCAAUCGAAGCAGCGGAUAUGGUUCUUCUUGACUCGUUCGCCGCGAUCGUUGAAGCCGUUCUGUACGGAAGGCUCGUCUACGACAACCUCAAGAAGACUAUAGUAUACCUUCUUCCUGCGGGCAGCUUCAGUGAACUUUGGCCCGUCAUCACCAAUGUUGCCUUCGGCAUUCCUCAAAUCUUGUCGUCGUUCCUCAUGAUCAUCAUUUGUUGUUUGACAGAUUGCGCUGCCGCCAUCACCCUAGCGUACGAGAAGCCUGAAGCAGAUCUUCUACUCCGCCCUCCCCGUAAUCCGAGAAAGGACCGCCUCGUCAAUACCAGGCUGAUAUUCCACGCAUACUUUGUCGUCGGCCUACUCCAGUGCUUAUGUUCCUUUUCAAUGGCCUUUUGGUAUCUUGAGCGACAGGGCAUACCGUUCACAGCCGUGUGGCUCAAAUUCGGCAAAUACGAUGCACAGUACGACACCGACUAUAUCAAUGAGAAAGCGAACACGGCUUCGAGCAUCUACUUUGUUACAUUAGUCAUUAUGCAAUUGUUCAACCUCCUCGCUACGCGUACUCGACGUUUAAGUAUCUUCCAACAGCCUCCCAUCUUCAACAAAGAUACCCAGAACUGGCUUCUUUUCCCUAGCAUGAUUUUUGCCAUCGUCGUGGUGUUCAUCUUUUGUUAUAUUCCAUCUCUCCAAAACACAAUCGGCACGAGGGAGGUACCCGUCGAGUACUGGUUCCUGCCCGCCGCUUUCGGCUUCGGUCUGCUCAUGCUCGACGAGGCCAGGAAGUACUGCGUACGCACGUGGCCUAACGGUCUCAUCGCCAAGAUCGCUUGGUGAGCAUGCCCAC